AUGGGUGAGAUCAAUAAAGAUGCCAAGUUAUUACCCAACAUCACACUGGGAGCCAAAAUCUAUGACAAUGUUUUCAAUGCAAUAAGGACUUACUGGACCACUCUAGAUCUGCUAUUCAGAGGACUGAGAAAUCCUUCUACCUACAAAUGUAACAGGAGAGAGGAACCCAUGGCUGCUUUUGGUGGGCUCAACUCCCAAACGUCCAUCCAGAUGGCCAACAUCUUAAAUAUGUUCAAGAUUCCACAGCUCAGCUAUGGCUCCUUUGAUCCAGUGUUGAGUGACAAAAUUCAGUUCCCUUCUUUCUACCGGAUGGUCCCAAAUGAAGAAAUUCAGUAUGUCGGGAUUGCUGGGCUGCUCAAACAUUUUGGAUGGAAUUGGAUUGGCCUCCUUGUCUCAGAGGAUGACAGCGGAGAAACUUUCCUUCGGACCCUCAGACCAAGGCUCCUGCAGAACACUAUCUGCAUUGCUUGGACUCAAGUGAUCCCAACAGUGACAUCAUUUUUACCAAAUAAGAUACUCCAAGAAAAAUUGUUGCCGAUUAGUAAUACCCUCUUUUUGAGUGACAUCAAUGUGAUCCUUGUGUAUGGGGAUGGUCAGUCUGUGGAGGGGUUUCGAAUGGUUUUGUACUCAGCUGAAUUCUUUUAUAAGCGCCCAUUGGAAAGGGUAUGGAUCAUAACUGCUCAAUGGGAUUUCACUGCUGUAUCCAGUGGGGCAAUGCUCACCACAAGGACUUUCAACGGCACCUUGUCAUUUACAUUCCAUACAAAUCUGGUGCCAGGAUUUCAGGACUUUCUUGAGAGCAUCAAUCCGUUUCAGUCAACGAUUUAUUUCAUCCAGCAGUUCUGGAUUAGUGCGUUUCUCUGUUCACUCCCACAAUAUAAACUUUAUGUGCCAAACAAGGAAAGCUGCACUGGGGAGGAGAAGCUGGGAAGACUCCCUGGACCUCAGUUUGAAAUGGUGAUGUCCGGCCGGAGUUACAGUAUCUACAAUGCUGUUUAUGCUGUAGCACAUGCUCUCCAUGCCAUGGAUUCAUCGAGAGCCCUGAAGAAAGCAAGGGGAGAGGGGGAGAAAUGGAGCUUCCUGAAAGUUCAGCCAUGGCAGCUUCACUCUUUCCUCAGGAACAUCAGAUUUAACAAUAGUGCAAACGAAGAAAUAUCUUUCAAUGAGAAAUGGCAGCUUGCAAGUGGAUUUGAUAUCAUCAACCUGGUCACAUUUCCCAACCAAUCCUUCCAGAGAGUCCGGGUUGGAGAGAUGGACCCUCAAGUUCCUGCAGGCAGAGAGCUCAAAAUCAAUGCAAGUGCUGUUACAUGGAACCCCAAGUUUAAGCAGAGGCGAAUCAGGCUGCCUCGCUAUAACUUCUCUGACCUGAAGCGAAGCGGAGCACAGCCCUACUCACCACCACCCAAAACGAGAGAACAAGUGAGUGAGUGGCAAGAGCUAGUUUUUUACCAGUUCUCCAGCUUUGUGUUUGGGGAAGAGAAUGCAGACCAAUGUGAGAAGUGCCCAGAAGAUCAGUAUCCAAACAAGAACCAGAAUCAGUGUAUUCCUAAAGACAUAACUUACUUAUCCUAUGAGGAGCCUUUGGGGGCAGUUCUUGUUUCCUCGGCUCUUUUCCUUUCUGUAAUCACAGUUGUGGUGUCGUGGAGCUUCAUUCAACAUCAAAAUACUCCCAUUGUCAAAGCCAACAACUGGAGCAUCACGUGUGCCCUGCUCUGCUCUCUGCUGCUCUGCUUCCUCUGCUCCUUCUUGUUCAUUGGGAGGCCUGGGAUGGUCACUUGCCUUCUGAGGCAGACUGUGUUUGGCAUUGUCUUCUCCAUUGCAGUUUCUUGUGUGUUGGCCAAAACCAUCACUGUGGUUUUGGCCUUCAUGGCCACAAAGCCCAGGAACAGAAUGAGAAAGUGGCUUGGGAAGAGGCUGGCAGUAUCAGUCAUCAUUCUCCCUUCUCUUCUCCAAGCUGGCAUCUGUGCAGUGUGGUUUGUAAUCUCUCCCCCCUUCCCAGAGUUUGACAUGCAGUCCCAGAUUGGGCAGAUCAUAGUGCAAUGCAAUGAAGGCUCAGACAUCAUGUUCUACCUUGUCCUGGGCUACAUCAGUUUUCUGGCUAUCGUCAGCUUCACGGUGGCUUUCUUUGCCAGAAAGUUGCCCGAUACUUUCAAUGAAGCCAAGCUGAUCACCUUCAGCAUGUUGGUGUUCUGCAGUGUUUGGGUGUCCUUUGUGCCCACCUACCUAAGCACCAAGGGGAAAUACAUGGUGGCCGUGGAGAUCUUCUCUAUCUUGGCCUCUAGUGCUGGCUUAUUAGGUUGUAUCUUUCUUCCCAAAUGUUACGUUAUUAUAUUUCAACCUGAGUUAAACACUAGACAGCAGUUGGUGAGGAAAAAGAAUGAACAGCUUUGA